AUGCAUGCCGACGACGUGCGUAAAAAUGUGAACUUACGCUUCUUGCUGGUCACAGCUCAUGAUGUGAACUACAAGAUUGGGUUUUUGUGCUCAGUGGUGAAUGAAGCAUACUGCAAGAAGCAUGGCUACGGUUUUGCACGGGUCGUGCGCAGCCAAGAGGAGAUGUACAAAUUGUCGUCGGGCCGGCACCUUGCGUGGGGGAAAGUGGCUAUCCUCAGAGACCUGUUGCAGAGGUCAGGGAAGACAGUUUCUCCCUGCAUUGAGGUCAGGGCCCAGGAUUUCGAUUAUGUUGUUUGGAUUGAUGCUGAUGCGAUGAUUUUGAACCACAAUCUGAAGCUUGAACAUUUCGUCACAUUGGCACAGGAAGCGGACUUCAUCAUCGGUGAAGAUAUGGCAGAUACAGAUUUUCUCAACACUGGCCUCAUGUUCUUCCGUACUUGCUCUGGGUGGUGCGAGGAUCUUAUUCAGAAGUGGUGGAACGACAGCGAAACCAGAUGGCAUCAGGAAGUAUGCUGGGAUCAAACCGGUCUGUGCUGCUUGCUGCAAGCACAGGGCCUUGUAGACCAGAAAAAGCAUUGGUUCAGCUGGUGUGGUGGACCACAACAUAAACGAAUGCAGAACAUGUUCGUUUUUGAUUGCGGCAGUUUCAAUUUCAAGUAUCUCAACAGCUGUAAAUUCGUGUUUCAUGCGGUUGGAGAACGAGAACUUGCUUUCUCGUUCUCACGGCAACUGCUGCGAAAGGAGGACAGGCUGUAUGCAGCCGUACGUGAUGGCUUCGUGGAAGGUGGCUGGGAUGUGGAAGUGCUUGAAGAUUCGAGUUCGGUGUCUCCCAUGCGGUCUGGUGAUGUCGACUCUGCUACCUUACAACUGCAGCAGGCUCUACAGUUCUGGCGGGCAUACGGUAUUUCUCGCUCCGGAAUGCGUGGGCAGCCUCCACCCCUUGGUUGGGGCUGUCAGAUGCCAGCCCUGUGCCUCAAUGCCGAAAAUCUUGUGGCAUCGUCACAGGGUUCUGCUGUGCUGCAGCUGCGUGAGGUGCUGUCCGCUCGCAGAUUGCCAGUGUGGAUUGUCGCUUGUCCGGACUUGCCUCAAAAAUGCUUCAGCCAUUCGCAUAUUUUACAUGCGCUGGGCGAGGUGCCGGUACGUUUACAGCGUCCAGCACCGAGCGGCAAAAAUGGGCUCCUCACGUGCAUAGCCCGGUUCUGGCAGCUCUGGGACUAUGCUACGGGCUGCCCCCCACCCUUCUCUCCACUCAGCGCCACCAGCACCAGCCCGUGGUGUCUCAGGGGUUGGAAUCAAUGGCAGCUGGCCCCGCAAGCUUCAAGCCUGCUGGAAGCUGCAGCGUCCUUUCCAUCCUGGAUGCAUCAG